CAGCAGCACUCUCAGUAGAAGUCAGAAGUGAAUAGACACACAGAGAGGAAAGAGUGUGGCCGUGGCUUAUUUAUUUAGCUCCCGUUGUCAUUAGCUUGGUUGACCUACAGUUGGAUUGCGAGACUGUUACGUACAUUAUCUGCAAGGAGGGAAAGACAACAGUGUCCUCCCCGUGUUGCCUGGAUGCCCAUUGACUUGGUGAUCUCUCCUCAGUUGUGGACAGACAUGCACGAGAGUGAGAUGAGGCUGAAGAUGCGCGUCAGGCGAAUCAAGGAAGGGCGAGAUCUGAGAGGUGGCUUUGCAGCAUUCUCCUCAUGUUUUACUGACCUGUGUGAGAGUAAACAAGCCACUAUUCUGCCUCUCAGCCUGUCCCAGCCCUGCCUACCUGUGGCCAAUGUUGGUCCCACCCAUAUACUGCCCCACCUAUACCUGGGCUCCCAAAGAGACGUCCUUAAUAAGGAACUGAUGGCUCAGAAUGGAAUCGUCUAUGUUCUGAAUGCCAGUAACACUUGUCCCAAACCUGACUUCAUCAGCGACAACUACUUCAUGCGCAUUCCCGUCAAUGACAGCUACUGUGAGAAGCUACUUCCUUGGUUGGAAAAAACCAAUGAGUUCAUUGACAAAGCCAAGAUGUCAAACUGCAGAGUCAUCGUCCAUUGCUUGGCUGGCAUAUCCCGCUCUGCAACCAUUGCCAUUGCCUACAUAAUGAAAACUAUGGGCCUGUCAUCAGAUGAUGCUUACAGGUUUGUGAAGGAUCGUCGACCAUCAAUAUCUCCAAAUUUCAACUUCUUGGGUCAGCUGCUGGAGUUUGAGAGAGCCUUGCAAAUGGAGAAGAAUAUACCGUGUGAUCCCAUGAGGUUAGCGGAGCAGCAUGAAGAGGUGGUGGAGCUCAAAAAUAUGGAGCAGCAGAGUUCAGAAAGAACUCAAGAAACUACAGAGAUCACCACAAAGCCUCCAUCACCUACCACACUACAGAAAGAACUGAGCUCCCUUCAUCUCUCCACAGAGCAAAUCCUUCAAAACAAAAGACUCAAGUGCUCCUUCUCACUCAAUAUUAAGUCUGUGUUCUCAAAACAAAACCAGCAAUUCUCUUCCAACCUCUCAUCAUCAGAUUCUGAAAACAUACCCAAACCCUGCAGACUCAAAAGCCUAAAGAGUGCCAACAGUGUGUGUCAGUACCCUUCAAUGGUGGACUGCCCAAGCAAAGUUAGUCAGCAAAGAGAGAGACAAGAAAAUGGCAGUUUUCAGAGGUUAUCUUCCACCUCUCUUUCCCUCAAUUUUAACCAGGCUAAAUGUAGGACAAUACCUCAGGAUUCCAUUUGUGAGACCAACUUGAAGGCGCAGUCUUUCCUCAGCUUGCCGCUGGGUGCAUCUGCUACUUGGACCACGCACAGAUGCUUAAAUCAGGCCACCACCCCUAUCACACCAACGGAUGACUGCCCUUGGUUCUUAGGCUCUAAUUUGGCACCAUCUGGUACAGUGACGGGGAGCAUGGUGCACUUUGGCAGCAGUCCUGCGUUUGCGGCAUUCAGCCGCAGUGGCCAAUCUGGCACCUCUAACCUCAGCGUACACCAAAGGGACAAAACACAAGAGCCCCGGGACUUUCAGAACAGCUGGCUUGAGAAUGGGAAAGCGAUAGUGUGUAGUCUAUCGCAAGUGGACACGAAGUACAAGCGGCGCAGCUGCCAAAUGGAGUUUGAAGAGGGUAUUAACACAACGCAAAGCAGUGAGGAGUUCGGAAAGCUGGCAAAGCAGUCGAGUUUCUCUGGUAGCAUGGAGGUCAUUGAGGUCUCGUGACAAAGAUGACAUUAAACUACAGUAGUGUUUUUCAUCAUAAAGGCAAUAACCCCAAGUAGAAUAAACUGUUUAUCAAAAAGUUCUGUUGUUACAGAGCUUUUGGGGGACUUGUUUCUACCCCCUUUCCUUGCCAAUCAUUUGAACCUGGGUUGAAAGAGGUGUCAUUGAGGAAAAGGUAAACUGAUUAACAAAAGAUGCUAUCCAUUAUUUUUACAAUAAGCGAUUUAGUGGUGAUGGUGCUGGAGUACAGUGAAUUUUAGAGAGCUUAUUGACUACAUAAUAAUAUGCGCACCAAAGACCUCACAGAGUGACCUUAUUCAGGCAUGUCAUCCAAAGGUACACUCAAAAUGAAGGACACGUAGUAUGAUCAUAAAAAGACAUUAAACAUGAACGAAUGAAUGAAUGAGUGAAAAAAGCGAGUAUGUUUAUGCUGAUUUCAGGCAAACUGGCAACCACACUUAAAGAUAACUUUUUCAGUAUGAGGAGGAACCCGACUUAAAGAUGUACAGUAAUUGCUGUGCAACAUUGUGCAACAUCAUUGCCCAAUGUUACAUUUAUGUUCUGUAAAUUCAGUAAUAUGGGCAAUUGCAUUCAAUAAUGUAAUUAUUCAGUGUUAUCAGUUUAAUCCACAAUGUAAUAGGAGAGUAGAAAUAUAUUAAGUAUAUGUUCAAGAUGAGAUUCUCUCAGAUCUACUGCUGUGCACUGACCAUGCUCAGAAUGGCUGGCUACCUACAAACAGACAAGCUGCUUCCAGCAGCACUAUGUACUAAGCUGUAAAUCUCUACAUUUUGCAUAUAGAUAUGUAAAUGAAAUGUACUUAAAUUUAUGGACUAUUUAAAGUUUCAUGCAUUGUUGCUUUAAUUUAUUGUAUUGGUUUCAUUCUGGCAAUGAGCAAUAAUAUAUUAUUUGAA